AUGAAAUUGAACGCUGAGAACAUUUCAAAAAAAUAUGAAUUAGAAUUAGUAUCGCAUAUAAUUUUAAACUAUGGUUUUAAAAAUGUAGCAAUUCAGCUAGCUGAUUAUAUGCUAAAUGAUUCUCUCUUCAUUUCAAACACAAUAAAAAACAUUAUUUUAAAUUCACAAAAUGGUGCAGGGGCUAAAGAUAUCAACCUAGAGGAGGGAGACAAAAAUGGAGAACCUGGAAAAGAUGGAAAGGGCGCAUUGAUUGGAGCCAGCUAUAAACAAAACUCUGAAAAAAAUUCUGAAAAAAAUUCUGAACAAAAAUCUGAACAAAACUGUUGCUCUGGCAAUUGUAAUCAAAAUAAAACAGUUUGUGAUAUAUCAAUGAAUAAGGAUAAAAAUAAUAUAAGCAACAGUGAUAAAGUUAAUCUAUACAUAUUAGGUGAUACUACAUUAAAUGAGUGUUGUGAAGAUUAUGUAUGUUCUGACCAUGUUCAUGCAGAUUUUUUAGUUCACUAUGGAAUAUCUUGCCAAUCAUUUAUUACACCAUAUAUUCCUUCGAUUUAUAUAUUUAACAAAAUAAAUCUCGAAGACAAUUUUAUUAAAAAUGUUAAUGAGUUUAUAAAUAAAAAAAACAUUUUAGAGGAAAAUAAAAUAUCUAUUAUAUUAACUGAUGUUUCAUAUAUAAAUUACAUGAAACAAUUAGUUAUAUGUUUUAGUGAUAAAAAUAAAAUAAAUUUUUUAUGUGACGAAAAAAAGAAGAAAAUAUUUUAUGAAAUUGAUGAUAAAAUAAUUUCAAGUAAAAAUAUUUAUGACCAAAAUAUAUUAGCUAGUGAAAAAAGAGACGGAAACAAUUCUAUAAAUGACCCACAUACAAAUAGUGACAACGUAAUAAAUGAUAAUACAUGUACUAAUCCAGAUUUACAGUUUACUAAUGUAAUAAUUGGCAUGCAUAGAAUUGCUAAUAAUAUUAACGGACAUGUAUAUUAUGGAUAUUGGGAUGCUUAUGUAGAAUUUAAAAUUGAUGAUAAUAUUUUUGAUAAAUAUAAAUUUAUAUGUGGUAGACUUUUAUUUAAAGUUUUUUAUAAUACCAAGGAAAAUACAUUUGUUUAUAAAAUUGUAAAAAAAGAAAAUUUUGAAUGUAGACUGGAGAAUGAAGAAUGCCUAAAUGGGAAAGACAAUAAAAAGGAAUGCACACAAGUCUACCUUUUUGGAGGAAAGGGAGAAAAUUUUACAAAUCGAGUUAUUCUAGAAUAUGGUAAUUAUUAUGAUAUAUAUAGCUAUAAUGAUGUAACUAUAUUUAGCAAAGAAAAUAAUAAAAUAAAUAAGUUAGUAUUAAAACGAUAUAACUUGAUAGAAAUUUGUAAAGAGGUUAAUACAUUUGGAAUAAUUAUAGGUAAUGUAAAUUUAUGUAAAAACAAAGAAUUAAGAUUAUUAAUAAAUUAUAUAUUACGAAAAAAUGGGAAAAAAUGUUUUACUAUUGUAACUAAUAAAUUAAAUAGUCCUAAACUUGAAAAUUUUUAUGAUAUUGAAAUGUAUAUAUUAUUAACAUGUUCAGAAAAUAAUUUAUUAGAAUUAAAAGAUUUUUCAAAAAAAAUUAUUAACCCAUAUGAAUUUUUUGUUGCUUAUAAUUAUAUUGAGUGGGAUUGUAAUUAUUUGUUUGACUUUUACGAUUUAUUAAAUGCAAAAGAAAUAAAAAAAGAGUAUGUCUCAAGUUUGAAAAAGGAUAAAUAUUUUACAUGGAAUAUAAAUUCUGAACAGUUGUGCAUAAAAAAUGAAAAAAAUUCUGAACAGUUGUGCAUAAAAAACGAAAAAAAUUCUGAACAGCAAGAAUUAUUGUUAAAAAAAUAUGACCAUCUUAUAGAUCAUAAUUCAACAAUUUCUGUACAAGAUCAACAAAAAUUCAUAAUGAAAUUUCAGGAAAAUUCAUCUAUGUGCCAAUAUUUUAUGGAAACAAUAAAAGAAAAUGAAAAAAGAGAAUUUAAAGGAGUAGACAUUAAUUAUAAUACCGAAGAAAUACCAAUGGCUGUUCAGGGGUUAGACGGUAUAGCACAAAGAUAUGACUCCGAUCUUAAAUUUUCGAAAUAA